GACCAGCGGAGUAGCAAAUUAUACUAGAUUAUGUCAACAGCUAGCGGCUCAUUUAUCUCAGAUGUUCGCUUAAAACGCACGAAACGCGUUGACUAAUCCGACACAGCUGGACCGUCGUUCCUUAUUUUAUACAUUCUGAGAAUCUCUUGCCAUUGGCUUCAUACCAUUGAUCUUCUGAAGCAGUCUGCAGCUGAGUUGGGCUCAAGGCCCGUAACACCGGGAGUAUGGGCAACUCAUGUACUCACCCCCUGGAUGCGGUCGCUCAUUUGGUGACCGAGGCUGAGAUUCAAGAAGCGGUUCGGAGCAUUGAGGAGUGGCAGAAGGCCCAGGCGCAGGCUUUUAAAACCGGCACGUCAACUGCGACGAAUGCUGGGCCGCUCCUGCAGCGCGUGGGCGGACUGGAUGUGGUCAAGAAGGUGGUCGAGCUGUUCUACAGGAAGCUGUACGCCGACCCGCAACUGAUCAAGUACCUGCACGACCAAGACCCAAUGCACCUGCGGGCCAAACAGUCCAUGUUCGUGUCCUGGCUGUUCGGCCCCCCCAACGUGCCGUACACGGGCAAGUCGGUCCGCAUCGCGCACCUGCGCAUCAUCAAGCAGCGGGGCUUCAGUCCCGAGGACUUUGACCUGGGCAUGAAGUACUUCGAGGAGGCCAUGACGGAGCUAGGGGCGCCCGAGGUCCUCCGGGGCGAGGUCAUGCGGCGCAUGCUGCCGUACAAGGACGCCAUCUUCACACCCGCAGCCGGAGACGCCGCAGAGGAGGCCCGCUGGGCGGCGGAGGCGGCGGCAGAGGCCGCAAGGGCUGAGAGCCCCCACAAUGGCAGCCACGCCGCCUCUGCCGUGGGCUCCAAGACGCCUUCUUCCGCCCUGCACGCCGCCAGCGCGAACUUCAACGGCUUGGCGGCGGCACCUGACGCGGCAGCGGCGGCGGCGGCGCCAGUCGCAGUUGCUGGCGGCAGCCGGCCCGGCUCCCGGCAGUGCCCGUUUACCGGCGGCCGCCUGUCCCGCCCCGCCAGUGCCGCAGUGGCGCCUACCGCGGCGGCAGCGGUGGCGGCGGCGGCUCAGGCGGCGGCAGGCUCAGAUGUGAGCGCUGCGGUGUCGGCCGGCCUCUACCCGCCCGUGCCAAGCGCCGACAAUGCGCCCGUUGCAGUCGCGGCCCCUGUCGCCGCAGCCGCCAAGCCUCCUUCCCGCGUGCCGUCAGCGGCGGCGCCGCCGGACCACAGUGUGUCUGCCAUGGAGGCGGAACUGGCGGCCUUGGGCCAGGCCACGCCCGCCGGCGCCGCCGCGGCGCCAUCGGUGUUGGCGGCUAUGGUGGAGGAGGGCGCGGGCGCGGUUGUGGGCGAGGAAGAGAGCGACUUGCUGGGAGCCGAGCUGGCGGCUCUGGUGGCGGCAGAGGACUCGGCGGCUGUGUGAGAAGCGAGGAGCAGGGCACGCGGAAAGCAGGUGGGCGGGCGGAGCCGCCCAAGGGAUGUGGACGGGGUUGUCGCGGCACGAGGUCACGCUCCGUGUGAUGUUGACGACGCACCGCACGCCGGCUGCAUCGUUGUGGAAAUGCACGUCCACCUGGGGUAUGUGAGGUGGGCGAGGGUAAUGCUGGCGCGAUGGGUCGUGCAUUGCUCUGUGUCACAGUGGGCCAUGCAGUAAAGUGGCGGCGUGAUGGCCGGGUGGCCUGUUAGCUCUCCGGCCGCGGUAUCGGGGUUCCUAGGGUAUCCUUGUUGUCCGUGUCGUAUAGUGCCGCACGCAUGUGUGGAGUGGCCGCCAGCGAGCAUGCCAGCCUUAACCCGCGAACACAUCAACAAGUUAACAAGUUAAGGUGUUGACACAUGCAAGCGGCUAGUAGAUUGGUGCAUGGGAGGAGGUCCGAACAGGAACGCGCAUGGCAUGUGGUGUGAAGGGCGCAUCCGCAUUCAUAUGCGGUCUGCUCAAUGCCGAGCCGAGUGAGGCAGCACAGCUGGCGUGCUCGGGGUGCAUUGCCCCGGCUGUUGCACGGCCUGAAUGAUCAGGACCACUUGGGGGUCAGGGAUUUGGGUUCACAAACAUUAAUUGUGUUAAGGCUGCAAAGUGCCAAGCAAGCAAUGCUCACCUUGAAGUGGUGGCUGCCUGCUUUCUACGGUGUUGCCCGAGGCUGGAGAAAUGGUAGGUUCGGAUAACAAGCGUUUGAAUGGGUGUGUGAUGGGACAGGGUUCAGGCAGGUUGGCGAGGUCCCAUAGGGUGCAGCUGACGCCCAUACCCCAAGCGUUUGAAUGGGUGGUGUAUCCGUUUGCACUGGCAAUGAGCAUUGAAGUAUGUAUGUGCAUGCGAAGACGACCACGUGCAACAGCAACAGGAGAACCAGCGCGUGAGCGUGUCAUGCGAUGAAUCACACGUGCGCGCGCGGGAUGUUUGAGGGGCGACUCAUAGUACGGUAUGUCGUGACCAGUUUGCGUGCGUCCAUGCUGUCGACAAGUACAGAGAUCAGUGGCGCGCUUGCUUGGGUUGUGGACUCGUAAAGCAGGGAUGGAGUGGGGCUGUCAAGGAGUCACUGUAGCAGGAAUCACCGUGACCCAGAGGUGUAUCCGCAACCGGGUUCCGUUUGAUGGUCUCAACGGCUCGUGUCGGUUGUCUUAAUGGCCUGCGAAUGCGGUAACUUCCGACAUAAUCCUAUGAUAUCGAGAAUACGUUAGCAUAUCCGCAGUUUUCCUUAAUCAGUCCUUACGUCGAACACUGACGGCCCGAGAGGCUGCACGUAUCAAGUCCCGCUGGGCGUGGUGUGGUGCGAGUGGCGCGUAGGCGGCUGCGCCGGUGAGUAUGACGCACGUUGCAGGGCCAUAUUUGCGCAGUUGCCCUGAAAGCCAUGUUACUCCAAACGCAUGGAGCUAACAGCUGUACGAUAUGCUGAGCGGAGAAGUAUUAUUUUACUGAGUGGAGGUGGCCACGUGUGAAACAAUAAAACGAGCCCCGGAGUUCUUACACGGUGCCUCGGCAAAUAUUGCCUAUCUCUGUAAGCAGCAGAACCC